AGACAGAGAGAGAGAGAUAUUUUGUAGAUAGAAGUAAUGAUGGCUUCAACUACGUCAGUCUUUAUAUUUAUUUAUCUCCUUGUUGUCUGCCACUCCUCGCCGUCUAUAAAAGCCUUCGCAAUCCACUUCUCCGGCAAGGAAACCCUAACGCCAGCUGAAAGCUGGACGGUCAGCUCCCAACGACGUCGCCGGGCUAUGCUUCUAGAUUCCUAACGCGUCGACCUCUUCGCGAUGGCGGCUAUCCUCGGCAUUGGCGCCGAAGACUCCGGGGUGACCAGCAGCAGCCGGCGGAGCUGGGUAUCAAGCAGCUUUCGCGAUCCCACAGACGUGUUCCGCCGGAGCACGGCGGCGGAGGAGGGGGACGAUGAAGAGAAUCUCAAGUGGGCCGCACUUGAGAAGCUUCCUACUUACGACCGAAUGAGAAAAGCGAUUCUCCAGCAGUUGGGAGAUGAUGGGAAGGUUAUCAGCAGCGAGGUGGAUCUUAAUAAGCUUGGCAUUCAGGAUAAAAAGAUUCUCGUGGACCGGAUUUUGAAGAUAGUGGAGGAGGAUAAUGAGCGGUUCUUGAAACGCCUUAGAGACCGAUUCAACAACGUUGGGAUUGAGCUUCCGAAGAUUGAAGUGCGGUUUCAGAAUUUGUCGGUGGAGGCAGAUGCUUAUGCCGGUAGCAGAGCGCUUCCUACUUUGUGGAAUGCUACAAUUAAUACUCUAGAGGGGAUAUUUGGUUUUGUUCAUUUUGCUCAAUCAAAGAAAAGAGUGAACAAGAUACUUACUGAUGUUAGUGGAAUUCUAAAGCCAUCAAGGAUGUCUCUGCUUCUUGGACCGCCAUGCUCAGGGAAAACAACACUUCUUCUAGCUCUUGCUGGAAAGAUUGAUAAAAGGCUUAGGGUCUCUGGGAAAAUCACAUAUUGUGGUCAUGAAUUGUCGGAAUUUUUCCCCCAGAGAACUAGCGCUUACAUCAGUCAGCAUGAUACUCACAUUGGAGAGGUGACAGUUAGGGAGACCUUCGAUUUCUCAGGGAGGUGCUUGGGUGUAGGAACCAGAUAUGAACUGAUGUCGGAGUUAUCAAGAAGAGAGAGAGAUGCAAAUAUUAAACCAGACCCUGAAAUUGACGCCUUUAUGAAGGCAGUUGCUGUGGAGGGGCAAAACUCCAGCCUAGGAACUGACUAUAUUCUAAAGGUACUUGGGUUGGAUAUAUGCGCGGAUAUUAUUGUUGGCGAUGAGAUGAGAAGAGGAAUUUCAGGUGGACAAAAGAAACGUGUGACCACUGGUGAGAUGUUGGCUGGGCCUGCAAGGGCACUAUUUAUGGAUGAAAUAUCAACUGGACUCGAUAGUUCCACCACGUUUCAGAUUGUCAAGUUCAUUAGACAGAUGGUGCAUGUCAUGGAUGGAACUGUGCUUGUCUCUCUUCUUCAGCCAGCACCUGAGACUUUUGAACUUUUUGAUGAUGUUAUUCUGUUGUCGGAGGGUCAGAUUGUCUAUCAAGGACCUCGUGAGAACACCCUAGAGUUCUUUGAGUUCAUGGGCUUCAAAUGCCCAGAAAGGAAAGGAAUUGCAGACUUCCUGCAAGAGGUCACAUCAAGGAAGGAUCAAGAGCAAUACUGGUUUAGGGAAGAUCAACCUUACCGUCAUAUUUCUGUCUCCGAAUUUUCCAGUUCUUUCAAGACUUUUUAUAUUGGAGAAAGGCUUGCAGAAGAUCUUAAAAUCCCUUUUGAUAAAUCCAAAGCCCAUCCUGCUGCAUUGACAACAAAGAAGUAUGGCAUGUCCAGCUGGGAGCUCUUCAAGGCAUGCUUCGACAAGGAAUUGUUACUGAUGAAGCGCAAUUCAUUUAUCUACAUAUUUAAGAUUACCCAGUUAACAAUUAUGGCUGUGAUAACCUUGACUCUAUUCUUGAGAACCAAUAUGCACCAUGAAACAAUUGCUGAUGGUGGAACCUACUAUGGUGUGCUAUUCUUCAGUUUGAUAAAUAUGGUGUUCAAUGGUAUGGCAGAGCUGGCUAUGACAAUUUUCAGACUUCCUGUCUUCUAUAAACAAAGAGAUUUCUUGUUUUAUCCUCCUUGGGCAUUUGUGCUAUCAUAUGUCGUUGUCAAGAUUCCCAUCUCUCUAGUUGAAUCAUCAAUAUGGAUACUUAUUACAUACUAUGGGAUUGGUUUUGCUCCUGCGGCCAGCCGGUUCUUCCGGCAGUUCUUGGCAUAUUUCUCUGUUCACCAAAUGUCUCUUGCUCUCUUUAGAUUCAUUGCUGCAUCUGGAAGAACUAUGGUCAUAGCUAACACAUUCGGAGUAUUUGCCAUACUUGUUGUCUUUGUUCUAGGAGGAUUUGUUAUCUCCAAAGAUGACAUUCAGCCAUGGUGGAUAUGGGGUUAUUGGAUUUCUCCGAUGAUGUAUGGACAAAAUGCCAUUGCUAUAAAUGAAUUUCUUGAUCCUAGAUGGAGCAAGCCAAACAAUGCCAUCAACAUAAAUGAAUCAACAAUUGGAAAGGCAAUUCUCAAGUCAAGGGCUAUGUUUGUGAAUGGCUAUUGGUACUGGAUUUCUAUUGGAGUGCUUUUUGGUUUUGCUCUUCUAUUUAAUAUUUGCUUCAUGUUGGCAUUAAUUUAUCUGAAUCCCAUUACGAAUUCUAAAGCUAUCAUUGUAAGUGAGGAAGAAGAGAUGGAAGAUUUAUCCAGAUUAGCAGAAAGAGUCAAAGCAUCAGCUAAAUCUAAUGUUGUAGAUACGGAAAUGGAAACAACUCUGAAGAAUCCUGUCAGAGACAGAAGCACGCACAAUCAAGUUACACGAGGAAUGGUUUUGCCUUUCCGGGCCCUUUCGCUAGUAUUUGAACAUGUGAACUAUUACGUGGAAAUGCCUUCUGAAAUGAAAAAACGAGGAGUUGAAGAAAAACGGCUUCAAUUGCUCUGUGACGUGAGUGGUGCAUUUAGACCAGGCAUCUUGACAGCUCUAGUUGGUGUAAGUGGAGCUGGGAAGACUACAUUGAUGGAUGUAUUAGCUGGAAGGAAAACUGGAGGGCAUAUUGAAGGAAAUAUAAAUAUUUCUGGAUACCCCAAAAAGCAAGAAACAUUUGCUCGGGUUAGUGGGUACUGUGAACAGAAUGACAUUCAUUCACCACAUGUUACUGUAUAUGAAUCGCUGACAUACUCAGCCUGGCUUCGUCUUUCCCCAGAAAUAGACCAAGAAACUAGAAAGAAAACAUUGUGUAUGAAGAUGUUUGUGGAAGAGAUUAUGAAUUUGGUUGAGCUUAACCUGUUGAGGAAUGCUUUAGUGGGCCUUCCUGGGGUGGAUGGUCUAUCAACUGAACAGAGAAAGAGGCUAACAAUUGCUGUCGAAUUGGUUGCAAAUCCAUCCAUCAUCUUCAUGGAUGAGCCAACAUCUGGUCUUGAUGCUAGAGCUGCCGCAAUUGUUAUGCGGACAGUGAGGAAUACUGUGAAUACCGGACGAACGGUGGUAUGCACCAUCCAUCAGCCAAGCAUUGAUAUUUUUGAAACUUUUGAUGAGUUACUUCUAAUGAAACUGGGAGGACAAUUAAUAUAUGCUGGAGAACUUGGGCAUCAUUCUUCCAAGCUUAUAGAAUAUUUUGAAUCAAUUCCAGGGGUCUCCAGAAUUACUGAAGGUUAUAAUCCUGCCACAUGGAUGCUGGAAAUUACUUCCCCUAUUAUUGAAGCUCAGCUGAACCUGGAUUUUGCUGAAUUUUAUUCCCAUUCCUCUCUUUAUCAAAAAAAUCAAGAGCUCAUCAAGGAGUUGAGCACUCCAAAAUCUGGUUCCACCGACCUUGCUUUUUCUACUAAGUAUGCCCAGAAUUUUGUAACUCAAUGCACCGCUUGUUUCUGGAAACAGCAUUGGUCUUAUUGGAGGAAUCCACAAUAUAAUGCCAUCCGGUUUUUCUCAACAGUUGUCACUGGUCUUCUAUUUGGAACUAUGUUUUGGGGAAAGGGUAAAAAGACAAGCAAACAACAGGACCUGUUCAAUUUAAUGGGUGCAAUUUAUGCUGCUGUUUUCUUCCUUGGAGCUACCAAUGCUAAUACCGUGCAACCUGUUGUGGCAAUUGAGAGGACAGUAUUUUAUCGUGAAAGGGCAGCUGGCAUGUACUCAUCCUUGGCAUACGCAUUUGCUCAAGUGAGCAUUGAAGCAAUCUAUAUUGCUGUCCAGAGCUUUGUUUACACCCUUCUCCUGUUCUCCAUGAUGGAUUUUGGAUGGAGAGCAGACAAGUUCUUCUGGUUCUUCUUCCUUACCUUCAUGUGCUUCAUCUACUUCACACUAUACGGCAUGAUGGCUGUAGCACUAACUCCAAGCUACCAAGUCGCCGGCGUAGUAUCCUCCUUCUUUUACAGCUUCUGGAACUUGUUCUGCGGUUUCGUUUUGCCGCGAAAGAUGAUGCCUGUGUGGUGGAGGUGGAUGUUCUGGGCUAAUCCUGUGUCCUGGACCAUUUAUGGUCUACUUGUGUCUCAGCUGGGGGAAUUAGAUAACAAAGUAGAGAUACCAGGAGAGCCUAGCUUAGAUGUCAAAACUUUCUUGAAUCUAAAGCUAGGAUAUGAGCAUGAUUUCCUAGGCUAUGUGGCCUUAGUUCACUUCGCCUUUGUCUUCGUCUUCACCUUCGUCUUCGCCUAUUCUAUUAAGUUCUUAAACUUCCAGAAGAGGUAGUGAGAAAGUUUUAAUGGAAGAAUAAGGAUCUCCUGUGUUGGCCUAGGCUAGAUGAGGAGAAAUCCUGGUGAUUUUGAACUUUUUUUAGGGUUUUUUCCUUGCCUUGCAUACUACCUUGACCUUCCCAGUGAAUUUUUAAAAUUUGCUCCACUACAAAUAUUUGCCUUUUCUGUGGCUAGAGUACAUGUAAGUAAACUGAAGAGAGCCAUACAAAUGUAAAUCAUUAUAUGUUCUUUUUUCCACUAAUUCAAGUAAAAAUGGCUUAUGUUUUGAGCCUUUUUGUUCA